GGCGGGCGGCGGCGGCAGCGGGUCGCGUCGGGGGCGCCUCCGGCGGACGGGGAAGGCGCCGCGCGGGGAGGCCGUGCCUGCCGGGGUCCUCGGGGACCCGCGGAGAGCUGGGGCCAGGGCGGCGGCGGCCUGGGACGCAGGCGGAGCCCCGCGCCGGCCCAAGGUCCCGGCUAUGGCCGCGGCCACCAUCGUCCACGACACGUCUGAGGCGGUGGAGCUGUGCCCAACCUACGGCCUGUACCUGAAGCCCAUCACCAAGAUGACCAUCAGCGUGGCGCUGCCGCAGCUGAAGCAGCCGGGCAAGUCCAUCUCCAACUGGGAGGUGAUGGAGCGGCUGAAGGGCAUGGUGCACAACCACCAGUUCUCCACGCUGCGCAUCUCCAAGAGCACCAUGGACUUCAUCCGCUUCGAGGGCGAGGUGGAGAACAAGAGCCUGGUCAAGGCCUUCCUGGCCUGCCUGGACGGCAAGACCAUCAAGCUCAGCGGCUUCUCCGACAUCCUCAAGGUGCGCGCGGCCGAGUUCAAGAUCGACUUCCCCACCCGCCACGACUGGGACUCCUUCUUCCGAGACGCCAAGGACAUGAACGAGACGCUGCCCGGGGAGCGGCCCGACACCAUCCACCUGGAGGGGCUGCCCUGCAAGUGGUUCGCGCUGAAGGAGUCGGGCUCCGAGAAGCCCAGCGAGGAGGUGCUGGUCAGGGUGUUCGAGCGCUUCGGGGAGAUCCGCAACGUGGACAUCCCCAUGCUGGACCCCUACCGCGAGGAGAUGACGGGCCGCAACUUCCACACCUUCAGCUUCGGGGGCCACCUGAACUUCGAGGCCUACGUGCAGUACCGCGAGUACGUGGGCUUCAUCCAGGCCAUGAGCGCCCUGCGCGGCAUGAAGCUCAUGUACAAGGGCGAGGACGGCAAGGCCGUGGCCUGCAACAUCAAGGUUUCUUUCGAUUCCACCAAACACCUGAGCGAUGCCUCCAUCAAGAAGCGGCAGCUGGAGCGGCAGAAACUUCAGGAGCUGGAGCAGCAGCGGGAGGAGCAGAAGCGCCGGGAGAAGGAGGCGGAGGAGAGGCAGAGGGCCGAGGAGAGGAAGCAGAAGGAGCUGGAGGAGCAGGAGCGGGAGCGGAAGCGGGAGGAGAAGCUGCGCCGGCGUGAGCAGAAGCAGAGAGACCGCGAGCUGCGGCGCAGCCAGAAGAAGCUGGAGAAGCUGCAGGCCGAGGAGCAGCGGAAGCUGCAGGAGAAGAUCCGGCUGGAGGAGCGCAAGCUGCUGCUGGCCCAGCGCAACCUGCAGUCCAUCCGGCUCAUCGCGGAGCUGCUGAGCCGCGCCAAGGCGCUGAAGCUGCAGCAGCAGGAGCAGAAGGCGGAGACGCAGCGGCUGCAGCAGCUGGAAGAACGGCGGCGGCUGCAGGAGGCAGAGCUGCGGCGCGUGGAGGAGGAGAAGGAGCGCGCCCUGGGGCUGCAGCGCAAGGAGCGGGAGCUGCGCCAGCGCCUGCUCAGCAUCCUGCUGGGCAAGAAGGCCGACGACCCCCGCGGCCCCGACGAGCCGGGUGUCUCGCGCGCGGCCCUGCUGCAGCCCGUGCUGGCCAUGCUGCACACGGUGUCGGCCGGCUGCGUGGGCGCAGGUGCCGCUGCACUGCAGCCCCCCGCCGGCCCAGCGCCCGGCGCCCCCAGGGAGACCCCGCCCCAGCCGGCGGCCGAAGGUGGCCCCCAGAACGUGAACGGGAGCGUCGUGGAGGAGGCCUUGGGCACGGAGAGCCAGCAUCCUCGCCUGGCGGCCCCCGACGACGGCCCUCCCGAGAAGAGGUGCCCCGGCGUCCUGGCCUGCAUCCCCGACAACAGCCAGCAGCCUCGGGCGGUGCCCGCCGCCUGCGACCAGAGCGCGCCCCGGAAGGACGUCCGCUCCGAGCAGGACAAGUGCAACCGCGAGCCCAGCGGCGGCCGGGGCCGGGCCAGCGCGGAGCGCAGCGGCGACGACCGGCAGGCGCGGGCCAGGAGCCGGACGCGGCGCGCCGCCAGCCGGGAGGACGGCCGGCCGCGGAAGGAGCGGCGGCCGCACAAGAAGCGCUCGCACCAGGACGGCAGCCCGCACCGGCGCAGCGCCAGCUCCGAGCGGGGCCGCUCGCGCAGGUCCCACAGCAGAGACCGGCACGGCCGGCGGGAGCGCAGCCGGGACCGCAGGGGCAGCUCCAGCCGAAAGCGCAGCCGCCACCGCCGCACCGAGAGGUCGCGCUCCGGGUCCCCCAGCCAGCACCGCAGCGCCUGGAACAGGUAAUGCAGGGCGGGCCCAGGCCGCCGCCCUCCGGGAGGCCCGGGACCCAGGGAGCGGCGUCGAGCUGCUGCUGCUCUGCUCGUCCCCACCCAGCACACCCAGGGAGCCACCGGGCGACCGGCAGCGGCCAGGCUCCUUUCCUCCAGACCCGCCGCCGCCGCCGCGGUCAGAGGCGUCGACAGCCCCGAGCUUUAGUUUCCCUUAAAACUCCGAUAGCUUUAACGUCGCCAGUCCUCGGAAUCAGGAACGAGGCGCGGGCCGGCGCCGUGCGGACCGCAGACCCACCGGGCACGGCGGGCGGGCAGCGCAGAAAAGCCCGCGCCUCUGCGCUCGCCCCUGGUACCGACUUCCCGCGGCUGCGCUCACGGUCCCUCCAUCACCGCGGCCGCGUGGGCCCGCGUGGGGGCCGCCUCCCCACACGGCACCCGAAGGAGGAAGCCCCGCCCAGGACGCCUGUUGGGGGUUGCCUUUCUCCCUUGUGUGUCACUUGAGCGGGCUGGGCACCAAGUUUGCUGGGAGCCGGAAGCGCUGUGGUGACCUCUGGGCCGGGAAGCCGCGAGUCCUGCAAGGCGGCAGCUCUGCCUCGCGGUCUGGUCAGGGGCGCGGGCGGGCGGGCGCGCGAGUGCUCCUUGCUGUCGGAGACGUUCACGUUUUCCACACCCGAGCGAGUCCGUGGAAAAGGAAGGUGGGGGCAGUUAGCUUUGGUUUCUAGUCCAGGUGAGCCUGUGUGGUUUUUUAAGAAGCUGUUUUGCUAAGUUAUUUUUACUUGGAACGUUUCAAACAGAUGUAAGGCUGCAAACUUGUUAUCUUUUACAAGGUCUGCUUCUCCGGGUGAAGUUCACACUAGCUGUAAGGUCCACGUGGGGAGGACGCUGUUUAUCCCAGCUUGCCUUUUUAUGGUGAAAUAAAGUCUUUUUUCCAAUAA